GCACAUGGGCCGCCGAAAAUGGUUUGGAAGCUGGCGACGAGGUUUUGGCUAUUGAUGGUCGCUCCUGGGACGACGUUGUGAAAACGGCGACCCUUGAAGAUUUGUCAAAUCUCCGGGGACCCAGACGGUUGGUCGUGCGAGCAUGGACAACAGCAGAAGACUUACAGGAGGCGGUGCGUCGAUCAGUGGCGCCGUCAUUGGCCAAAACACACGCUCAAUUCAGGGAGGCACUGCAAGAUGAGCGUCGGCGUUUCGCUUUCCGUGAGGCACUUCAGGCCCAGUUGGCUCACUGGCGUCCCAGAGACACAUGGCCGUUCCCGGCUCUUCCAAAGGAUGCAGUCGACACAGCCGCAGAAGUUGGUGAACUCGUGGGUUUCGGCACGCAAGCGCUGCCGCGAGUGACCAAGCUGGAGAGCGCUGCACGCAGGAUCCAAGCACGGUACCGCUGGAUGAAGCUGUGGCGGCAGCUGGACACGGCACGUGAGCGUGAGGCAGCUGCAACGAAGAUCCAGGCCAUGCACCGUGGCCGGCAAGCACGUCGCGGUGUUGCCGCACAGUUCGCAGCGUCAGCGGGCGGAAUGGAGAUGAUCGAGUCUGACAGCGAUCCGAAGGAGCACUCCGAGAGUGAAACAGGGAGCAGUGGACGCGAAGCUGAAAGUGGCAGACCGGCAACGGCACCGAGUGCACAGAGCGAAGCGGCAGAGCCAGCCGUGCAGAUCCAGAAAACCUCGGACCAUGUGGCUUCGCGCGUGACGGCGGGCGCAGACGCUGGCUUGGACGACGCCCAAGAGACCCGCGAUCAUGACUUCUUCGGACAGAGUGCAGUGCUGCAACCGCAGCCCGGAAAGCCCAAGCAGAAAGAGCGGCCAGCCAGGAUUAGAGUUCAGAAGCACCCGACCUCGGGCAGCCUGUCUCCGCCGACCACUCCACAGCCGCUGAGCGUGGCUUUGACGGCCAUGUCUCUUGAUGGACCGUCGGCUUCGGGCACAGACGCGGCCCUGGUGGCCGCAGCCAUCCGGCUUCAGGCGGCAGAGCGGGGGCGCCAGGCCCGCAAGCGGGCAAGGAAGAUGGCCGCGGAGUUCCUGGAGCCAGCUCCAGCCGUGCUGGAGCCAAAGCUGCUGGCAACGAAGGAAGACGCCGCUCCUGCAGACGAGGAGAACGAAUCUUUGGUCUCCGUGGCCAAUCAGCUGGAGCUUUCUGGCGAUCCACCGAAGUCGGACAUAGCGACUUUUGACCAUGAAGACGAGCCGGAGGAUUUGCACAAGGUUCGGGUCUUUGACUUUGACUUUGCCUGUGUGCGGGCAGAUGGCAUAAAUGGAUCUAGAGUUCUAGAGCCUGCCAACAUUAGAGGCAUUAUCCUUGGCGCUGUGGAUGAGGGGAGGGAGAGGUUGGCAGUGGUUGAAGGCGUGCAAUUCAUCAUAUCGCAGGCCUUCUCGCUCCAGUCAGACAUCUCCCCAAAGAGUUCGGAUACGAAGGAUGACAAGGCCCGCUUUGGAACGACAGAGCCGCCGGUCGGCUUCUUCGAUGCAGCACCGGAGGCUGCUAAAGCUGCGGUCUCCGCCGUGGCCGAUCCGCUGGGACUCUCCGAGCAGUUGACGCUCCGGCCAGAGACGGACACGUCCAGACCAAAGCCGGAGGCUACCACCGGCAAGGGGGUUGAGAUUGAAGGGCAAAAACUGGUUUCCUGCAUUGGAUGUCGUUUCGGCUUCUUCAAUGCAGCACCGGAGGCUGCUAAAGCUGCCGUCUCCGCCGUGGCCGAUCCGCUGAGACUCUCCGAGCAGUUGACGCUCCGGCCAGACACGGACACGCCCAGACCAAAGCCGGAGGCUACCAUCGGCAGCGGGGAUGCUUGCAAGUUGAAAUUGAAGAACGAGCUGCCUGCAGAACCCAACGUGGGAUUCUUGGGUGCUGCGCCAAUGUCCACCAAAGCAGUGGUCUCGACAUCUUCUGAUCCGUUGGGGCUCUCCGAGAACUUGGAGCUCCAACCGCAGCGUGGCUUCCGACUGCCGACGAAGGAAUCCAAGGAAAAGAAGCUGAAGGCAAGAGAUACAGACAAAGCCCGGGACAAGGACAGUGAAAGAGAGAAAGAUAGAGACAAGAGCACUGACAAGGUGAAGGUGGAGCCUCCCGGCUUCUUCGGUGUUGCGCCCGACGCCACCAAAUCUGCGGCCUCGACUUCCGACCCGCUGGGCCUGUCAGAGAACUUGGAGCUCCAGCCGCAGCGCGGCUUCCGGCUCCCGGCGAAGGCAAAAGAAAAGGAUGCGAAGGAUGCGAAGGAGCCGAAGGAGAAGGACAAGGACACCAAGAAGAAGAAAAAAGACGACGAGUCUGAGCUGGAAAUCCUGGGCUUCUCGCUCUAUUGA